AUGGGCGACCUCCCGCGAGACAGAGUUAAUCCAGCGCAGCCCUUCAUGCACACCGGAGUGGACUACGCUGGGCCCGUUUUUAUUCAAACCAGUAGAAGUCGAGGCCAUUCCAAGGCUUUGCACAUCGAAGUGGUGUCAGAUUACACGGCCGAUUCGUUCCUAGCCACACUCCGAAGAUUUACGUCCUGCCAAGGCUUGUGCACCGACCUUUACUCCGACUGCGGCACCAAUUUCAUUGGCGCAGACAAGCAGCUCAGGGAUUUCUUCCGCGCCUCGUCCUCAGCCAGCCUCACCAGCCUUGCUAGCGCUAUUUCCAAUGACAACAUCCGAUGGCACUUCAACCCACCGUCUGCACCGCACUUCGGCGGUCUCUGGGAGGCUACGGUAAAGUCAACUAAGCACCACCUGCGACGUGUCAUCGGCGACUCAACCCUUAUCUACGAGGAAAUGAGCACAUUCUUAACGCAAGUGGAGACUUGCUUGAAUUCCAGGCCGCUUCAUCCACUCUUCGACGACCCCGACGACGUGUCCGCGCUCACUCCAGGUCACCUGCUGAUCGGCAGUACGCUAAUUGCCAUCUCGGAACCUUCGCUCACCAAGACAGUCGAGUCUUCCCUGUCUCGCUGGCAGCAUCUGCAAAAAAUGCGCGAUCACUUUUGGCAGCGGUAG